AUGACUACGCUUAUAUUUGGAGCUACCUCUUCACCCUGCUCUGCACAAUACGUUAUGAACAAGAAUGCUGCAGAAUUCAGAAAAAAUUACCCCGCAUCCGUCAGGGCCAUCGAACGAAAUCAUUAUGUGGACGAUUACUUGGAUAGUGAAGACACUGUUGAAGAAGGCAUACAAAGAAUAAAAGAGGUGACAAAAAUACACAAAAAAGGAGGCUUUGAAAUUAGAGGAUGGGUCAGUAACGAUGCAAGAAUUUUGGAAGGGAUAUCUAACGAGAAAACAGCCAACAAAGCCGUAAAUUUGACGAGCGACCCUACAGAAAGAGCGCUAGGAUUAAAGUGGAACCUAAACUCGGAUACUAUUGGAUGGAAAACAUCCUUACACUCAGCUCCUGGUUCAUUAUUACCACGAAAUGGCCGGUCAUGCAUCUCCCGAAAUUGUAGUCAACGAGAUGAGGCAGAAAUAUUGGAUCUUACAAUUACGCCCAACCGUUCGAUCAGUGUCAAAUAA